UGGAGAGCGCGCACACACACGGACACACACCAACACAGAGAGUCAGAGCAGAGCAGAGGAGCUCUCAUCCUGAUCGGUGCCAGACGCACGGUCGACUUUUUGUUUUUGCGCGAGUUUAACUACAGUUUUGUUUAGUUUUUUGAAUUAAGGGUAGUUCAUAAUUCAGUUUGGUGUCAGGUUUGAUUUGUGUCAAAGUUGUGGCUGGUUUUUCACGGCUAUUUGGAAUAUAUUUAAAUAUAUAAGGUGGAUACUUCACGACGCGCAGAAGUCAUCUUGAAAAAGUUCGUCCAGGAUUGUUUCUUUUUGACGCAGGAGCGCGCAGCAGCUCGGAGCGCUACAACUUGUCGGCGAGAUUUUGGGGUGUUUUUUUGACUUGAGUGGUCCCAGAAAUGGUGGGGCACCUACAUUUACAAGCGAUGGAUGAUAGCCUGAAAGGAAAGAACCGGGAAGGGCUGCUCGACAGUCCGGAUUCGGGGUUGCCCCCCAGCCCCAGUCCGCCCUUCUGCUCACUCUCUCCGGGUCUGAUCGAGUCGCGCUCCGGCAGCUGCACGACGCCCGUCGAAAGCCAUCAUGGAUACUAUAAAAAGGAAAGCAGAGAAGGCAAACUGCUGCCCUACCUGCUGCUUAACUCCACGGGCACAGACCCAAAGACUCGCAUGUACCCUGUGUUCUUUGGGGAAAGCAUCGAGGUCAACCCCAAACCAGAGCAGGAAAUCAAGUGCAACUCUGAGGUCAAGUACGACUCCGACAAGCAUUACAGAGACCGGGUGUACUGCGCCCCCGUCCCAACAGCCACCUCCUUCAGCGAGACAGUAGUGGCAGUGCGGAACUGCACUUGGAGGAGCUACAAGUCCCAGGUGUACCUGGAGCCGCGGCAGAAGCCAAUCAGCUACCAGAGCACCACCAUCAUCUACCCGAAGCACGCCAAGAACACUUACCGCACCACGCUCAACUACAACGCCACAGGCUCCCGCCGCUGGUUUGUCUCCACGGUGCAGCUGGAAUCGAGCGAGGACACUAGUCCCUGUAUCAUCUACACAGAGGACCUGUAGGGCCCAGACGGCACUGGGAGAGGGCUACCUGGUGAUCAUCACGUUUGUUUUGGAGGACGAGGAACUUGGGAAGGCCCGUAUCAAAAGGGAAAUACUUCAAGUAAUACCCGGAGCCCCUAAAUACCCUACUCUGUUCAUCUAUACUCGCUAUGGAGGAAACUCUGGGAACCCUUUAGUGACGUUUCACCUGAGUGUAUUUAGACUUUCUACUGAUGCAGUCUUUAAAAAGGGAGUCUGUCCUCCGGCAGUUUAAAGCUGCACUUCAAUGGUUAAUGUCUUAUUUAAUACAAGAGCUGACAAAUUGGUGGCCUUUGCUCUCUUUUCAGGUUGGAUUGUAACCUCAGUGAAGGUAACAGACUGUAAACGUCUGUGCAUGUAGAGAAAAGUUGAGAAGACGUGGUGGAUUUCAGCCGAGCCUGCGCAAACCCAGUCACACCAAUGCAAAGCUUUCUAAUAUGGCUUUAUUGCACUUGUUUUCUAUAUAUCACAGUCCUCCCAGCGGACUUGGCAUUGCAGGGGGGUAUGUCAGUACAGCAUAUAAAACAAAAUUGGACCAAAGAUAGUUUGAGCAGUUUAUAUCUUUGUAAUAACCCCGCACUCUGAGACAGAGCACUUGAUUUUGUUUUACAGUUUUAAUUAACACACAAACAGCAGCCUGUCUAGUUUGAUCAAGCAUUUAAUUAAACCCUCUACACUCUGCAAGGUGUCCUGUUUAUUCAGCUGAGUGUUCUGCAGAAUUAAGACUAAUGAAUAGAAGGAUCACAGCACAAUAACAGCAGAUUGCCAGGAGAAUAAUUUUAAAAAGGGAGAUAUUUAAAGCCUCUGAAAACUUGGGUUUCAAAUCUUAAAUUGUCUGUAACAUUCAGUAUUCAACAAUACUGGAUCACCGCAGUUAUGGUUUUUACCUUAUGUUAAACCUCUGUUAAGACUUAAUUUGAAUACUCUGGUUGAGAUUAUAAAUGAGGGUGUUUUGGUAAACAGGUUCUUUUUAGCUUGUUUGGCUGCAGAGCAACAAUCAAUGAAGUUGGGAGGGGGACAUCCAUUAUUUAUUAAGAGCUGAACACUUAAAAACUCAGUUAAUCUGCUUCAUCUGGACCACAUCAUCUGUUGUUAAAAGAUGAUUGAGAACAGACAUGUUUUCAGGGCCUUUGAGCACGGUGGGUAUUGGUUUGCUUUUUUUAAUCAGUGUUUGUUUUGAACCCGCUUUGGUGUCAGAUGGUGCAGCUGCUCACACAAGUGCCAAAAAGAAAUAGCCUAAACAAUCAGGGGGAAGCGGAAGUCGUGGCGUUCAGUCGUCUACUUCUCUGUGAGAGUCAAACAUAAAAACAAGAAGUAUUUCCAACUGCGAUUGUCUGGAUGGUUUGUGCUACAAGGAUUAUUGUUUCAAAUGCCUCUCAAAAUGAGGCUAACACUGUUCUGGAUUAGGCACCAGCUAUUCGUAAAUACAUCACCAAGUUUGUGCAUGAAGUAGGCUAACUAGUUGAUAGUUUCAAACUUGAGAUAUAGCCUACUAAAUCAUGUUGCACUAUUAAUACUUAAGAACUGUCUGCAGCUUCAUCCAAAAGAAUCCAAAGUUGCUGAAGCAUCACAAAAUUAUAGUUUUAGUGGGAUGAUAUAUUAAAUGUAACUAAUCAUUUCUAAAUGUAGGUAAGAAUUUGUUUUGUUUAUGCUAACCUAGCUAAUGUGAUCUGGUCAUUUAUUCUGAUAUUAUAGUCAUGUUUUUUUUAGACAUUUCAGUGGUAUUAUUACCUCUUCUCUCCAUUCUAUGAAUCAAUAACUUUUUUAAAAAUAGUUAAAAAAAAAAAAAACAGUUCAAAAUUAGUUCAUAGGUGGUAGCUUAAACUCAAAGUACUUUGGUGAUAUUUUAAUUCCAUUCGACAUAAGGUGCAUAUUAAUUUGGACUCGUCAACUGAGCCGUCUGGGAGUUUGUCUUGGUGUCGUUAUUCCCUACUCCUUGGUAGAAAGCUGCUGCAGUGGCUUGACUAGGGUGCAUCAAAGAAACAAAAUGGCGGCACACCAUGAAAAAAAAUAACGCAUUAUGUUCGGACAUUAAUCACAUUGGGUCAAAUGGGUCUAAAUGGGUCGUAUAGCCUAUAAGCAAGCUAACGUGAGCUUUGUCAGUUGGUUGUGUUAGCUAACGUUACGUACAGUAACUAACAGUUACAGCUGGAAGUUACACAUAAUAACCAGUUUCUCUAUGAGAACUACUUUGUGUGAUGCAUAAACUUUAAAUUUAGUGAUGUGUUAAUCUCCUAUAAACACUAAACUCAACACUAAACACUAAACACUAAACACGACAAGGCUUGAAUUUACGAAUAGCUGGUGCAGCAGAGUGUUCCAUGUUGUUUUCAGAUAUUAACACACUGUCAUGGGCAGUUUCUGAACCGUUAGCUCAAAACCAUCAACCCCCUCUGUAAUCAGUAACACGUAAAAAGUGAAGCAGAUUUCCCCGUUGAAGAUGUAAAAUAGAUUUUUAUUGAGCGUUUUUAUAACUUCUUUCUGUGUCUGUCGUAUACAGUAUAUAUAUAUAUAUUUAGAUAACUGAACAUGGCAAAUAUUGAAACUUCAGACUUUACCUCAGAUCUUCAUGGGUAUCAGUUUUACUUCAUUGGAAAUGUGUAUUCCCAAUUUUCAGUUGAGGUGUUGAACUUGCGGUCUUGUUAUUUUUUAUAGUUUGAAAUACCCUCCAGAUUAGUGUAAGGGUAGGAGGUACGUGGAGAGCACAAGAGGUGGUGCAACAGUACUGUAAGAUGGGUACUGGGUUUUAAUGAGGGAAUAGUAAGUGGUAGAACAAGGGGAGAAAUGUCAGAUCGGCUCUUUAAAAAGAAACAUUGAUGAGGUCGGGAAAUUGUUUUGAAGAUGGCUUUUUAUACUGAACAGUAAAGUUCUUGGCAAGAUGAUGGAGAGUUCUGCUAUGUGUAGGUGGUCUGUGAAAUGUCAGAGAAUGAUGAGAGAAAGUUGGUGGGUGUCAAGUUAAAUACGUUGGUGGUUUUAUGUGAGAUGCUUUUGUGUUUCCUAACACUUGAUUUUGUUACUGUAAAAUAUUUUCCUGUUGUAUAUGUGGCAUCAAGGCACUUCAUAAUUCUCUUUAUAUUUUUGUACGUCAAUCAUAGUUCUUGUUCUGAUCAAAGAAAAUAAUUUAAAAAGAUGUAUAUCCUAAAUGAAUAAAAAGAAGCAAUUCCCAAACCCUAA